GUAGUGCCAUAACUGGUCCUGUCUGUGUGUCCUCAUUUGCUCCUGCUGUGAGAUGUGCUUCACUGCUUUAUUGUCCACCGCAUCGUGCAACUCAUCAGCACGAGAUCGUGGACCGCCACGCUUUCUGCAUUUAGCUCACGUGAGUAAAUAUGUCGAGCCCCACCCCCAGUGAGCCCGCAGUACGUAGUUGGUCUUCCUCGUCAGUACUCCCCGUGGUUCUGCUUUUGAUGUUGUAGCAACUGAUUUGAUUUCUAGGAGACCAGAACAAUGUUGUCCCUUCCCCAUUCCACCAGUUCACCUUCCGCAUGACCACCAGCAGCAGUUCCUCGUCCAGCCCGUGGCCGAGCCGGUUGGCCGACUACGGUCCGCUGGAGGUGGAGCUCGGGCGCGGACAACAAUGCGUGGUGUACCGCGGCCGCUGGCAGGACCGGUGGGUUGCCCUGAAGGUGGUGCAGAAAGCGAACCUGCGGCGGGCGGAGGCGGAGAAGCUGCAGAACGAGAUUGUGGUGCACAGCCAGCUGCAGCAUUUGCACGUCUUGGACAUCUACCAUGCGUUCGAGGACGCGGAGCAGGUGGUACUCGUGCUAGAUAUGCAUUGCAAAAGUAUCGUACUAAGUACAAAUUGCAUUACAAAUUUUAUCAGAAAGAAAAAUGGAAUUUGUAAUGCUAAUUCAUCAGGUAAAAAGGUAGGCUUGUCAUGCAAGAUUGCAAUUAGCACGAGUGCGAUACUUUUGCACAGGAUACUAGAGCACGCAACACCGGUUUAUUGUCACAACCGGAAGGACUCUCCUGUAGGUUGUCUCCGGACUGACGCGGGCCCGCCGGACCACCGCCGACCUGGUCGUCCCACCGCCGCGCCCGCGCCGAGUAGGGGGCGCUUCACCGAGGCGCGGCUCCGCGUGCUUUUGUCCGAGGUGCUCAAGGCGCUCCAGUACCUCCACGGGCUGCGGUACCAUCACGGCGCGGUGCGGACGGAAAACUUGUUACACGUGGAGGGGUAUCGAAUGCAAAUGAUAUGUCUGGCUGUGGAAGACGACUGCGCUUGGUUGUCGUGCAUGUGCCGGGACAGAUGGGUGAUCUGGAAUACACGCUAAGUGUUAGAGGUCGUAAGAAGGGUGCUUAAUGGGUACGCUGCAUAAAAGAAACUCGCUUGUUUUUUGCGUACCAAAGUGUAAGGAACUUGUUCUGGUAUCCAUGCAAUACAGAUUUUGUUUUCUGCUCCAGAUUUAGUGCCAGAAAUUUAAACGCUUCCUGACGCAGACGUUGACGUACUUUUGCAAUGCAUAAGAGUGUGGGAACGAAGUUGUCGGAUUUCAGCAGUGUGGCGCGUUUCCAGGACCCGCGGGACCUUCGGGAGGAGAGAGGCAACUUUCGGGGAGGGAGUACCGGGGGAGACAUCUUUGCUUCGCCACGAACUAGUACCGAUAGACCGUCGUCGUCGUGCACAAAGCCUCCCAAGUCUUCUUCUUUUCGCGGCGAGGCGCAGGAUUUGUUCGACCUAGGCACGUGCGCGGUACAGCUGCUGCUGGACUCCGAGAGCACCGUCGACCCCUGGGUGCGGAACAACGCCUUCCCGGCCACCGUCUCAAAGCGGUGCAUCGCCUGCCUGGAGCAGUUCCAGAAGCCCAACGCCACCGCGGAAGGGCUUCUGCGGCAGCCGUUCUUCCUGUCUUCGCUUGCGAUUGUAUCCGGAGUGAAAACUCCGUCGCCACCCGCUCAGAGUUGUAGUUAUGUAAGAUUGCAAACAGUUAUGUACGGGAACACGUGUAAUUAUGUGCGUUCUUAUGUGCGCAAUUCCCAAUCAUGUUUUGGCAUUCGCAAAAUGCGGUGAACUACCAGAAUAGAUCGAUGGCUUUGUGAUGCGGCUGUCCUUGCUAACCUGCGCUACACUACAGAGAAAAGCAUGCGCGAGACUUGUCAUGCGUGACAUCCAAACCUUCCGGAUUUGUGUUGCACAGUUUCCAACUUGACCCGUGGGUGGGCACAGUAUUUUCACACAGGAUAAGUUCCACGGAUCGUCUACGACCCGCGAAACGAGGACCCGGGGUCGGCGCGAGGCGGUUUGCUGCUCGGGAGUUCUUGUAGGAACAACCUGCACAAAAAGGCCAACUCGGCACCCGGCGCGCACAGCGUGGUGGCGCCCUCCUCCAGCGGCAGCCUAGCCCUUCCCGCGGGGAGUACAGCGAAACACGGCGGGAUGGUGCAUCUCCGGGACGUGCGCGGCCGGAGCGGACAAACACGGGCCGUGCCGCACCGUGGCGCGGGCAGCGACUACGGUGCGGCAAACUCGAAACCAAGAAUCGUCCGGCCGGUUAUGCCCUACGACCCACAUAAUUACACGGACAGCGAAGGCAGUGUGCAGUAUGGAAGAAAAGUUCGUUGAAAAGCAUUCAUUUUAUUGCGGUGGUUGGUUAUUUGCUUUCGCUGAAGCCUACUUUUGCACCCUUGGAAACCACGACGAGUGAAAACGUAUUUCACAAUUAUGCACGGCAGCUUGGCAAAUAGUAGUAAACCGAAGUGGUCAACAUAAAACAGGCCACGGAAGAUGUCUCCCCCCAUCGCAUUGAAGACGAAUGGCCCUUUUCAUCUCCCUUUGCAUACAGCACGCCGGAGAGACAAAGAUGCGGACGGAGUGUCAGGGCAGCGCAAUAGCAAGGCGCGACGCGAGGAGCCGCCAGGAGCUGCUCCGAGGAUGGUACUGUCGACCAAGGCAGCGCUGCUGCACCAACAAAAGACCCGAAACCGGAUUUCCUCCAGUCACCAUCUGCCGUCGGGAAAGGUGAGAAGCAGAAGAAGAUUUGUUUAUACACAGACAAUCUGAUAUCUGCAAGCGUAUUUCAUCUAACUGUUCUUCAGCGCUUCACUUAACUUCGCUGAACAAAAAAUCAAAAGCGAAACCCAUCUUUGAUGUCUGAUCAUACCUGCAGGUGAACCCGCUCGCAGCCGCCGGAGUUGCACCACGGGAAGGCCACGCGACCUCGCAGCGGUCGUCCCGGGACGUGCCUCUCGUCCGACCCUCUGCGCCGCCCGCAAUAGGAAUCACUGCGGCGUCCUCGCACAACAGCGACAGCGACCUCGCACAUUCGUCCUCGAACGAGAGUGGGGAGGAGAUUGGUUUGCAGGAGGUCCUGCCCGUCUUGCUUGGCGAUGAAACGCACAGCACUAUGCAAAUCGGCAGCUGCCAGCUACACACGUCCACGGGGCAGUUUGACUUCGAGGACCAACAUGAUCCACUUCCUUCGUGGCAGCAAAUGAUGCAGCGCAACAGCACGGGCACGGAGCACAACACGCGGCUGGUCUCGCACCCUUUCUCAGACGCCCGCCAACUGCGAUCGGUGAUCAGCAACGACGAGGAAGUAGUAGAUGAAGACGGAGGUAGUUUUUGUACUACAAAUGGCGGCGGAAGACAAGUAAAAGAGCAUCCACCUCCGGUAGAAGUAGACCUGGAUCCAGACGCUAUGCCGGAGAAGAGAAGACCUACGUCAACAUCUCUUCACCAUCGCCGCCGCGACAUCGCCGCAAGAAACUACGGCCCGAGAACAGUCGAGGCGGCCGGGAAAAACGAAGUUGGUACAACUAUGUUCGGAGGCGCUGCUGGAUCGCCUGCACGAACGCCUCCUUCCGGAAAAAAGUCGCCUGCGUCUACUUCCCGUGGUGUUCUGCCUCACGGUGGUCAGAAAUUUCGCAGCUGCAUCGAGGACCAGAGCUUUAUCGACGAGGGCGCGCUGCUGUUUGACAAACGCGGCACGGAGCUGUUGCCGGAGUUCCCCCGACAGACCGCGGGCAAAUCCCCGACCACUGAGCUCGUGUUCGAUAAACACCGCGAGUUGCUAGCGGCCAACCGCCGGUCUUGCGACAAACUGUUGCAAGAGAAUAAAUGUUUGGAGCAACAGGGCGAGGGGCCCAACAACACGAAAAAUGGGGUUCGUAGUAAUGCUGGUCCAUCUAGUUCUUCUUCAAAAGUUUCAACUUCGGAACAGCAACAUCAAAAUGCCGCCAAAAGAGCACCUCGAGCCCGUGAAGAUGUUUUUUCGGCACAGCAGCCGCUUCUACUGUCCGAUGAACCUGAAAGUUGUUUCGAACAGACAGAGGAGGAUCUUCGCCUCCACGGAGACAAGGAUAAUUGUCAUGAUUGCAAUAUGGACGAGGUGGACGUCGAGCAUGGUACUACUAGCAUCAAAAGCCCAUUACUACAAGAACCGGGAGGACAUGAACAUCAAGAUCCCUCGCUGGUAUCCUCGUCCGCAGCCAACAUUCUCGACGCGGAGCAGCUUUCGCCGGUGACCAACCGGCACGAGGACAUGCAGACCAGCGGCUUUCUCCUGUCCAACCACGUGGGCGACAUCAGUCUGACGCACUAUUUGCCGGGCGACGUCGGCGCCGCGGCAGCCAUGCCCAUGUCUCGAAGCAGCAGCUCCAGCCGGAAUGUAGCAGUAGGUGUGAACAAGAACGAAGAAGACCACCAUGAUAACCCUGCUGCAGGCGCCGGGUCUCGAGCCGAGACGCAACUGGAUCAUCAGGAGCUGUUAAAUGAUCCGCGCCGGCGCACCGGCGGGGCAACGCCGUCGUCGUCGAGUCGCGCGAAGUUCGACCCGGAUGGACAGCAGAGCAACUUUGCUCAAGAGGUAGAUCAUGCAACUUCGAGAAAGCAUGGCGCGGGCCGAGUCUCUUUAAUUCCGCCGACGACGAGGAACAGAACGCGGCUAGCCGUGCAACAUGACCCUAGUACAGACCACGAGGACCGCGGCACCUGCGGCAGGGCAAACGAUUCCGCGAUGGACGCGUUGGUGCGGGGGCUGCCGUCCCCAGCGCGGCGUGGAUCGUCUCGGCAGCGCUUUUUCGGCGAUCGGCCAGCCGGAGUAGAGGAGCAGCAGGCUCGUGGUACAGUAUCAAACGGCACUGCUGGAGGUGCUGCACAUCGACCGCCUUCAGGAACUACUUCCCGUGGUCGGGAGAACACGUAUAAAGACGAUCGCAAAAAUUAUGCUAGAAAUGUUGCAGCACCUCCAUCUGCCAGCAACGCAGACCACGAGGACCAGUCCGUCGUGGAUAUGGAAGUGGAAGGUCUGCCGAGUAGUAAUCCACACGACCCGCACGGCGGUUCCUUACCGGCGGAAGCACUAUCACCGCCGGUUCCCGCGAUGCACACAAGUAACCUGCUGGUGGACACGAAGCGGAUUAAGAAGCCCGUGGACCUGACGCAGAAAAACGGGUAUCGCUUCCAGGUGACGCAGCGGGGAGAGGUGCGAAUCGGCGGCCCGGAGGGCGUGUUCGUGAUCGAUCCCGGCGGCGUCAGCUGCCGCUUGGAGCAAAGGUAUAAGGUAGAGUCCUUUACGAAAGAAGCGGGCGGAUUUAGGGUUUUAGGAUUUAGGGUUUUUGUCCGCUUUACGAGACAGGCGGCGAUGACUAUGUGUUUCACAACAUACGUACGAUCAAACCAGUUUUUGAUGGCUCGGUCUGCGUCCACGAUGCGAAACCAAACCUCCGCACUGCUGGUUGUUUGUUCUACUUACAACUGCAUUUCUCUUGUACAAGUCUCGUCAAAGCUGACAAAUUGCGCCAAAGUACUCGGCCUCUGCUGUAUGAUUGGCAGUUGUGCUGUAGAUUUUAUCCUUGUCUUUCCAAAUAACUUCAUUCAGGUCUUCCAGCACGGCGAGCAGCAGUGAGCAUAACAAAUCCUCCGCAGCUGCUUUGGGUCUAUGUCCCGACCUCAAUAAGCGCAUCCAGGCCGGGGAGAAGAGCCGGCAGGCGCUGAUCCGGAAGUACGCGAGCUACCAACACCUGCCGGCCUUCUUGAAGCACUGGUACCAGUUUGCGUUCACCGUCGUGAACCAGCUCCGGGCGCGGACGCCGAAGGUGAUUCUGCACUACGAGCGGUGUCGCUGCGAGCUGAUGGACAACGUGCCCUUACCGGACUUCGUGGUGCACUUCCACGACACCAUGAGUACCCAGCUGAUCCGCUACUGCCGCGUACGGGAGGGGCUUUUGACCUUGUCCACACGGACUGGUGGGUCCACGUUCUCGACGUCCAGAAAGCCGGUCGGAACUAGAAGUACCGGCUUGGAUCAACAUGAGCCGCACAUGCAUGAAGAUCAUGAUUCCUUUUUCACCCAGCAGAAGAGGGGAGGACUACUAUCGUCUUCCGCUUCUGAAGUCGUAGCCGACCUCCAGCCCGCGUCUUCCUUCGAAAUUCCGCUCGAGUUGGUCUUGCAAGCGGAGGACGGUGCCGCGAAACAGAGCCUGGACGAACUGCUGGUGUUAUCCACUGCAAUAAAGAACAUGGUUGAGUCUGGAAAAAGGCCGUGGAUAAGAUUAGUAAACGGAGAUGUCUACUUUCGGGACCGCAUGAGAAACGCACAGACUGCUUGCUUGUGUACAGACAGAUUUUUGUCCUCUAUUCCAGACUCAAAUCGACGAUAUUUCCAACGCAUAAGUGCCGUAUCAGUGGGAGCUGGGCGAUGUGAAGCCCGUGCUGGAGAAGGUAGUUGCCGCUUGGGAGAUACGCAUCGCAAAAAUAUCGUACACUGAAUCUGCGAAGAACUGCAUCACGAAAGGAAAAAAGGAAGCUCUUAUGCAUCCUUAUUAGUUAUUCUUGAAAUAAGUUUGUCAUGCAAAACCAAAAGUGCAGUUACAAUUCGGGUAUACGGUUGUACUUUUGCAGAGGACAGAAGGCCGCGCGGCGGGAAGAAAAAAUCGCGUUCGACAAGAGCGCAGAGCUCUUACACAACCUGCACGCAAAGACGGGGAGCGCGGGAUUUCCAGCGUUGGAGUUUCAGGCGGAAUUUGAGAGAUACCAGCGCGAGCUCGCCAACUUGUACCCGGUCGUGAAGCGGUUUGACGUAUGGUGAAGAAAAUUGGUUUCCUGGGGUCGCCCUCGGCAUGCCACGAGUGUUCAAGUUUUUACUUCUGCUGGGUACUUACUUCCGUGCGAAUUUAAUAGACCUCGUGUGGGCAAUCUUAUACAAUUAGAUGCGUAGUGGAGAACUACGUCUCCUGCUGGCAACUUGUACGUCGUGCAUGCAUGUCAUGGGCAUGGGUUUCAGGUGUAGAGCUCGAACCUGCGGCGCAUCAGAGCCACAAACGAGCAGGGAAAAUCCGGGGAACUGAAGAACACUCGUGGCCAGUCAGGGGGACAAUUUUCUGCUUUGUACACCUACCCAUAAGAGGCCCGCCAGCUGACUACGCGAAGAUGCGUCGAGCAGUUUCUUGAAUUCUCCGAUGGGCACUGCUGUGUGUGUCUAGUUUACUGUACGAGGUAAAGAAGCACAACUACAAGGUAAAGAAGCACCACCAAAGGAAAGAAACAAGCUUCUGCGCAGUCACCGUCCGACGCGAGAACAAAGUCCAAAACGCGCAGCGUCUGGUCCGAGCAGGGCUGUUGGACGAAUCUGGCUGGCUAGCCAAGGGUGCUCCAGAAAAGCCCAAAUCCGCGAACACUUUCCGAUACGGACUUCGUCUGCUGAUUACGUAAAGUUACUCGAUGCGAAUAGUUCCUCUGAUGAACACGUUACGCUGGACCUGGUACAGAGAAAGGAAAGAAUUCAUUAUCUGCGCAGAAGUCUACACGUGAAAAUGCAGCGAAGUGGAGUAGCUGUAACGUGGGCAUGUCAAGGCCAACAUGAU